CUCGGCCAAGAAGCCACAAUAUUUUGGAAAUGGAACCAUGAAUGAAGCUUGAUAAAAAACGAAAAACUACCUAUGAUAUAGAUAAUAGGAUUAAAUUUUCGCCCCAAAACCCCCCCUGAAGUAAAUUUCGUACAGAUAUUCAGUACCGUAUAUGUAAUGUAUAUUCAUAAUAUGUUAUAAUAACAUAUAUUACAGGAGGGAUAUAUUAUGGAGAUAUCUCUAAUAUAUAAAAUUCUCGUGUCAUGGUUUUAAAUAUUGAACUCCUCCAAAACGGCCUGACCGAUUCUCAUGAAAUUUUGAGUGCAUAUUGGGUAGGUCUGAGAAUCGGACAACAUCUAUUUUUCAUCCCCCAUAAAUGUUAAGGAUGGUCCACACGAAUUUUUAUUUUUUUUAACAUUUUUUUUUAAAAUCUGUUUGAUUAUGAGUCAGCAUUAAAAAAUACAUACAAAUUCAAAUUUUCACCCGCCUACGAUCAACAGUUACUUUUUUAUCGCGAUUUGAAUAUCGGCAAUUCAACGUUUGUUGGGUCAGCUAGUAUUUAUAUAGAAAUAGAGAUAUCUUUUAUUAGGACACACAAAUUUUGUAAUAUUGAUUUAAAAUAGUGGCGUGGUGUUCCUUUGACCUUCUUCUUUGCCGAAGUGGUGGUUAAUAGUAAUAUUUAUUUAACUAUAAUAUUCAUAAUUGUCUUUUACAGUAUGACAUUCUGAUGUAUCCCUCAGAAGAUAUUAAGGUUUAAAAGUAAAACAUCACGGGCAUUCAACGUUGCAGACAUAGAUGUGAGCGCUGGGUGUAUUUCCCAUGGACGUUGGCUAUAUCGUUGUGUGGUAAAGGUUACUUGUGUGGUAAAGGUUACUAUACCAUAAAUGACUUUCUUAAUGAUACCACAGAUUGGGAAUGGAGUGACCAUUAAAUAAUCAGGCUAUUAAAUAAUAAGUUUAAUUGUACAAUAUUACUUUGUAAACAUAUUUAUUCGAUGAAAAAAAAAGCCAACUGAGUUUGUUGCGCCCAUUCUUCUCGGGUUUUUGGAAUGGGUGGUAGUUUUUUGACUUUCAAUAAGUGAUGUCACAUCCUAUUUUGAAUAAAAAUAUUUGAAUUUGAAUAUACGAGUACUUUCGCGCGAUACUUCCAAUAAACAAUCAAAAGAAAAGUCAACAGUAAUCAUUGUUUGUAUAGAAAUGCUAUACUCAAGGCGGGUUGCUAGUACCUACCUAAUGAAAAAUCAUAAGUGGUAUUAGGUAUUUGGAUUUGUCAUAAUACGUCAUUUUAUUUUCUUCGUUCAUUGCAGUAGAGUGAGUGAAGAUGGCAUUAGGUACUACAAGGAACUGAUAGCCGAGUUGAACAAGAACAGCAUCAAACCGUUAGUGACGAUGUACCACUGGGACCUUCCGCAGAGUCUGCAAGAGCUGGGUGGUUGGACCAACCCAAUCAUUGCAGACUACUUCGUCGAUUAUGCCAGAAUCCUAUUCGAGGUGUUUGGUGAGAGUGUAAACGUGUGGAUUACGUUCAACGAGCCACUGUCGUUCUGCCACGACGGGUACGGUGGUUUAGACGCACCGGGUGACAGAUCGGAUGGCUUCGAAGACUAUCUGUGCGGCCACAACGUGAUGCGAGCUCACGGGAAAGUCUACCGGAUGUACCAAGAAGAGUUUGCGGCCAAACAAAAAGGAUUCGUUGGAAUAACAUUGGACAUGGCGUGGAUGGAACCAGCGUCAUCUGCGAAAGAAGACCAAACCACAGCAGAAACAGUCCGACAGUUCCAAUAUGGAUGGUUCACUCAUCCAAUAUUCUCCAAACAAGGCGACUACCCUCCAGUCAUGCGGAAGCGCGUCGACGCUAUGUCCAAAAGACAAAACUUCGCUCGCUCCCGUCUCCCAAAGUUCACUGCUGAAGAAAUCAAUGAGAUAAGAGGCUCCGCGGACUUCUUGGGUAUUAACCACUACACGACAUAUCUGGUUAAGCAUGUAGAGACCAAAAUUAGCCCCAAGCCGUCGAUGGAUACAGACAUGGGAGCUAAAUUGUACCAGGAUCCAAGUUGGCCUGUAUCUAACUCGUCUUGGUUAAAGAUCGUGCCAUGGGGCUUUAGGAAGAUCCUCAACUGGGUGAAGCAGGAGUAUGAUAAUCCGUUGGUGAUUAUCACUGAGAAUGGAGUUUCACUGCCGCCGGGCCUACAGGACGCCACCAGAGUCAUCUACAUCAACGAAUACCUGAGGAUGCUGCACGCAGCGGUUGUGCAGGACCGGUGCAACGUGAUCGCGUAUACGCACUGGAGUCUGAUGGACAACUUCGAGUGGACCAGGGGGUUUUCUGAACGCUUCGGUCUCUACGAAGUGGACUACGCUUCACCACGCAAGACUCGUCUGAAGCGCGCCUCGGCUGAAUACUACGCGACCAUUGCACGCACUAAAUGUAUACACCCAUCAACGAGCUACCACCAUAGACUAUUGAAAAUAUUAUAGUUCUUUUGACUGAAACAA